AUGGCUCUUAAGCGUAUUCAAAAGGAACUCACAGAUCUCGGACGUGAUCCACCCUCGUCAUGCUCUGCCGGACCUAUUGGUGAUGAUUUGUUUCACUGGCAGGCAACCAUCAUGGGUCCUAGCGACUCUCCAUACUCUGGCGGUGUCUUCUUCCUAGCGAUCCAUUUCCCUACCGACUACCCUUUCAAGGCCCCCAAGGUCAACUUUACGACUCGCAUCUACCACCCCAAUAUCAACUCCAACGGCAGCAUCUGUUUGGACAUUCUGAGAGACCAGUGGAGUCCGGCUCUUACCAUUUCGAAGGUUCUCCUCUCCAUCUGCUCGAUGCUCACAGACCCCAACCCCGAUGACCCCUUGGUACCAGAGAUUGCGCACGUCUACAAGACAGACCGCCCUCGAUACGACGCCACAGCCCGGGAAUGGACUCGCAAAUAUGCAAUUUGA